CCCCGCCAGCCUCCCAUGGCGCCGCCGCUCGCCGCCCCGCGUUUCCAUGCCGCCCUCCCCCGCGGCCUCCUCCUCCGCCCCCGGAAGCCCCUCCCCACCUGGCGCCGCGCCGCUCGCCCGGACGACCAGGAUUUGUACGUCGACGACGACAUCGGAGACGGCUUCUCGUUCAGCGGGGGGAAGUAUGCGGAAGCCGAAGGCCCGAGUAAGUCGGACGAGUGGUUCGCUCAGGGCAGAAUGGUGAAAGCUCAUGCAUUAUAUGGGAACAAAGAAAAGGCAAAAGAUCCCUUUUUUGGGCUCACCAUGGGUUCAGGAUCACAAUCUUCCGGUGAUGUUUUCAAUUGGUUUUGUGCGGAAGCGGGGAGCUCUUCUAAUCCUACGGUCCUUCUAAUUCAUGGGUUUCCAUCUCAGGCAUACUCUUACCGAAAUGUGCUACCUGUACUAGCAGACAAGUAUCGUUGCAUUGCUUUUGACUGGCUUGGUUUUGGAUUCUCAGACAAGCCUCAACCUAAAUAUGGUUUUGACUAUACUCUGGAUGAAUAUACUUCAGCCCUGGAAUCGUUAAUCGAUGCUGUUGCUCCUGAUAAGCUCUCCAUUGUUGUUCAGGGCUACUUCGCUCCAAUAGUAGUCAAAUAUGCUAAAGAACAUCAGGACAAGUUGAACCACCUUAUACUAGUUAAUCCACCGAUAACUGACAAACAUGCAAAGCUUCCAUCCACCCUUGCAUGUUUCAGCAACUUCUUGUUGGGCGAGGUAUUUUCUCAGGAUCCUCUUAGAGCUAGUGAUAAGGCCUUGACUAGUAGUGGCCCAUACAUGAUGAAGGAGGAAGAUGCUACUGUAUAUAGAAGGCCAUACCUUGUCUCAGGUGCAUCUGGUUUCGCACUGAACGCGAUAACAAGAGCUAUGGGAAAGGAUCUUAAGGCUUACAUUGAGUCCAUGAGAAGCAUAUUAGCGAGCGAUUCAUGGAAUACAAAGACAACAAUAUGUUGGGGCUUGAGAGAUCGUUGGCUCACUUAUGAUGGGGUGGAAGAUUUUUGUGAUGGCCUAAAACACAACGUUGUGCAGCUGCCAAUGGCAGGGCACCAUGCUCAGGAGGAUCGUGGUGAAGAGCUAGGGAAUAUAAUAAAACGUAUACUGAGAGGAUGACUACAGUCAUAUGGGGCCAGGCUCUACAACAUGCCAAAAACAGGGGUCAAAAUGUGGCACAACAAUAGCAAAUAGGGACAUGCACUCUUCUUGGUAUGAAAAAGAGAAGCUGCGCCGCCCCAUUGAAGGCCAACCCACUCCAUGGUCAAGACAGCGCUCCAGAGUGAUUUUGAGUGUCUAUGGACACAAACAAACGGCAAUUACCGGUCUGUGUUCCAUGUUAUUGGAUACGUUUUUCAGUAUUUGACCUUUGUUGUGCAUGACUUGAAUGUUCUUAAACAAGAUCAAUACAGAUGGCCAAGAUGAUAAUUCUGCUAACUACAAUCACGCAACUA